AUAAUCCUUAUCACAAGAACCAGCUCACAACCGUCUGACCCAUUUUUCUCUCUCUCUUGAUUGUGUCUUGUGUAGAGGUUCAGUUCAAUAGAUCAGACUCAUAUCACUGUCAUCUCAUCUUAUUAUUGAAUAGCAUUACUGCUUCCAAGUUCCAAAGUAAAUUACAUGGAUGAGAAGUGGAAGCCAUCCAAGAAAGAAAGUUCAAGCAGCCAUUGCUCCUCUUCUUCCAAGUCUAUUUUCACAAGGAGCUUCUCAACAAAGUGUUCAUCUAAGUCUCCCCUUCUUAGGAGUGCUUCACAGAAGAGCUCCACUUCUUCUUCUUCUUCUUCUAAAUGUAAUCUUCCCCGAAGCUUUUCACAGAAGGGUUCUUCUAUUACGAGCAAAUGUAGUAGCUUGGCCAAAGAACAGAAGGCAAGAUUCUAUAUCAUGAGGCGCUGUGUUGCCAUGCUUGUUUGCUGGCAUAAACAUGGAGAUUCUUGAAGGAAAGAGACAGAGAAUAUAUGUGGAGUGACCAUGGGGGAUCCUCCUGGUUCCUUUCUUCUUUUAUCCCCCUCCUUUUUGCAGGAUGGUUCCUGGGGUUUGCUUCUGCUCAAAUUAGUGGAUUUUCUGGCACAUUGUCAAGAAGAGUUCUAUGUCACAGAUUCUCCAUGCUGUCCUUCAGUUUUAGAUUCAGUUGUAAUUAAAAUUGAGAGAGCUACAAUUUCUACACUUUGUAACAAUCAGACUACAUCAACAAAUAGAUUUCUUUCAAAUCCAAAACUUUUAAAUCUUCAAUAUUCAUGUUUCUGAUUUCUUUCCUUUAACCCUUCAGAUAUCAAUCAGCUUAGAUCUCAAGACCAACAAAACUUUGUAGCAUUCUGAUUUUGCUUUUGGAGUGGUUUUUGGUUGGCUGUUUCCCAUUUCUGUUUUCUUCUUUUUGUCAUGAUGGUAGAGAGAUUCCCUUCAGCUCUUACUCAUGCAAAUAAAUUUUAUAUUAUGAA